AUGAGCAGACGCAAGAUUAUUUCUCGUCGUCGUGGCCCUGAAGAUGAAGAGGAUGAGGAGCUAGGAGCUGAAGACUCUUACACUGAUGAUUCUGGCCUUAGCGAAAGUGAGAGGGAGGAGGAUGCGGCUACGGAUGGGACUCUUAGCGAGGAAGAAGGGGACGAUUUAGACGAGGGGGAAGUUGCGGAUAAGGGCAAAGUAGUGGGGGCGAAUGGUAGGGGUGGUGGGAAGGCAAAGUUUGUGCACAGUGGUAAUAGGGAUACGGAUGUUAUGAUGAAUGGCGUGCGGGGAAAGGAUGACGAUGCUGAAGAGGUGGAUUUCUCCGAGAUGGGAGAGGAUGACGGGGCGGAGAGGGCGCUGGCCGGGAAUUCCCAGGGCGAGGCUGCAGAGGAGGAUCUGAGUCAUGAAGAGACGGAGCAGGAGGAACCACAGUCACAGGAAGCCGAGGAGAAGCCCCAUGAGACUGCGGAGGAGAAGAGGAGACGAGAGCAUGAGGAGUAUAAGAAGAGGAGAGAUGCCGAUCCUGCGUUUGUGCCUAACAGGGGUGCCUUUUAUUUGCACGACCAUAGGCACGCUGAGGGAUUCAGACCUUUUGCGAGGGGCGGCGGAAGGGCAGGAAGAGGCGGUCGAUCUUCUAGGUAUGUUGCUGCCAGCGUGUGGAAAUAACCCCUUCGCUUUGACACUUGACGUAUUAGGCUGGCUGGGCUAACCCUUCAAAGUGAAUAUAUGAACAGUAAUGCCCCCGUUGAGCUUCAGUGGCAGCAUGAUAUGCAUGAGGAAAUUCAUACAGAUCACCGCCGUUCAAUGCCUGUUCAUCAAAGCAACCACUCGUUUGCGCCUAAUAAUCGCCUACGAGGAAAUGGAGACCCACCACGAUCUUUUGGACGGACCUUUUAUCAGGGAAAUGUUCAGAUUCAGGUCAAUCUCCCGGGGAUGAAAGCACCCAUCACAUUUAGUGAGGUUCCGUCGAAGGUGUACACAAGGCUACCCUACCACCGACCUCCGCUUCGACGAGACAAACCUGUCCGAAUUGCACUCCCGGAUGCACCAGUUAGAUACAUUUAUCCGAGCCCCACUCGCUCAUUUAUAUUUAUUCCGAGAGCGAUGAGGCCGGGCGGGUCAGGAUAUAUAAGAGGUGGUGGCCGCGGUAGAGGUGGAUUCUACAGUCAAGGGAGGAGUGUUUAUGGCGGCUCAAAUGGAUAUUCUCCGUCAGUUGGGAUGUCCCGCAGAUCGUCUCUACAGUUCGAGCACAAACCCCAGUUCACACCUCCCAUGCCUGCACCGGCUCAACCCCACCAAGUUGCAGCACCUAUCGCUGGUCAUGUCGAAUCGUCUUCUCGACCAUCGGUUGGAGAGGAAGAGGCACCAGCUAAGCCUGUCGUCAGGCUGCCAGUCGUACCUCAGCAGCAACCGGCCCAACACCAACAACAGGUUCACCCUCAAGCUAUGAUGCCACAACAACCACCUCAAGCCCAAACUCCAAAGAUUGUUCCGCAGCACCCGCCACCAUCAUAUACACCUAACCCCGUCGCAUACCGUGAGCAUCGGGCUACUCCAAAGAUCCCAAUGCAUCAACCGCGACCACAGAAAGCUGUCAACGUCGCCGAGAUAGACUCUCCGGCUGUUAUGCACUUUCCUCAGUCUUAUAGUGGUCAUAUGUAUCCGGAAAAUAUUCCCACCCCUGGUGUCUCUCAGAACAUGUAUGCCCAUUCUCGACAAGCUUCAUUCCCAUCCCAAUCCUCUGGAACACCGCUCUCUCAUAUCCCGGAGGCCGCUGUUCAUGCCCGAGCCUUUCAUCCUGCAUAUCCCCCCCAGCCCGGAUACUACCCGUAUCCCCCGCCGCCCCAGCAUGUCCCCCCAAUGCACCCAAUCCAUGGGCUACCGCCGCACCACCACGACCCUAGGGCCUUUCACCCACCUCCUCCAUAUGUUCCUUCGGGGCCAUCGCCUAUGCCGAAUGGUGCUACCAACCAUUACGCUAUCAUACCCGCUCAACAACAGGCUCCUGCUCCGCCCGUAGCCGUGACAACCGGUCCACCCACCGGCCCUACAACAAUUGCGCAGGAAAGCAACGGGAUGGUCUACUAUUCUACUUGGGAUCCUAAUCAAUACUAUACCUAUUCAACUGGGGGGCCUACAGGCUAUCCCGGCACCCCUGGUAUGCCAAUUACCCCCGCUCCGGAUGGCUCCGUGAAUGGUGCACCGGGCCCAGGACCAGUGUACUUCUACCCAGGAGCUCAAACACCGCACCAGCAUCCUAUCUACUAUGCGCAGUAA